AUGGCUACGCCACCGCACAUUCCCAAGUCGCAAGGCUUGCGCUUCCAGAAGCAGGGCGACGCUACAUACGCAAAAGCGUCCGCUGCCAAGGAUGCGGCCGCCGCCGAUGCUCUCCUCUCUCGUCGCAACGCGCUGUUCCAGGACCACGGCAGAAUGCAUCAGAAGCCUGCUUGGUCACCCUCCAUAUCGGCCGCCUUCCGCUUCCUCAUCAUCAUUCGCGUCUCUUCCGCCAUGUACUCGGUCAUCAAGGACUGCGACGAGUCGUUUGGCUACUGGGAGCCCCUCCAUCUGCUCGUCUUUGCACGCGGCAAGCACCACGCUUCGGUCGCAUUCCAGACAUGGGAGUAUUCGCCCCAGUUCGCCAUCCGAUCUUGGGCCUUCAUCGCUCACUUCCUACCUCUCGCCAAGCUGCUCGCCUACUUGGGCGUCGGGAAGCGCCAGGUGUUUUUCGCCGUCCGCUUGCUCCUCGCCUUUGUCUCGUCGUUCGUAGACGCGAGGUUCUACAAGGCCGUCGCCGACGUAUUCAGUCCUAGAGUCGGUCGCUACUGUCUCAUGGCUCUCGCCACUAGCGCCGGUAUCUACGAGGCUUCAACUGCCCUUCUACCCUCCAGUUUCGUCAUGCAUGCCUCCACCCUCGCCUUCUCCUCAUGUCUCUACCCAGCACGCCUGCCGUCCUCGGACCCAUCCGUGCUCUCCGUUCCAUCGCAGCGACCUUUCCGAUCAGAGCGCCUUUUGCUUUCGGUACUCUCGUUUGCUGCGGGCGCCAUCGUUGGCUGGCCAUUUGCCAUUGUCCUCGCUCUACCCUUUGUCGUCGAACAGCUCCUCCUUCGAGGCGACGAUGUCGUCGCCAAUGGCAAGUAUGCCAACUGGGUCACGUCCAGGUGGUCUACCGCCAUCGGUGCUGCCAUCCUUUCUGCUGCGAUCGCAUUGCCGGCUCUCGCCAUCGACACGCUCGCUUACGGCAAGCUCGCCUUUGCGCCGCUCAACAUUGUCCUCUACAACCUCUUUUCUCGAUCAAGAGGUGCUGGUCCAGAGCUCUACGGCACCGAGCCUCUCACUUACUACUUUUCCAACUUGUUCCUUAACUUUAACAUCUUCUUCCCCUUGGCGCUCAUGUCGCUUCCACUCAUGCUCGUCACCGCACGACUCGACCCCAGGCGCUUUCAGAGACCGGCUCUCGAAGCCAAGAAAGGCCACGCCUCUACCGAGAAGCCGUCUAGCCUCUUUGCCCUCGCUCUUCUCCGCGUCGCCCCCUUUUACCUCUGGUUCCUUGUCCUCACGCUUCAAGCGCACAAGGAAGAGCGCUUCAUGUACCCUGCCUACACGCUCCUCUGCCUCAACGCCGCCGUCUCCCUCUACCUCGUCCGUACGCUUGCCGAGGUCGUCUUUGUUCAGGUCACAAAGUCGCCUUACCGCGCUUCCAAGUCGAGCCUUUUCACUACCAUCACCUCCUCAGUGCUGGCUCUAGGCCUGCUGCUCGGCGUAUUGCGAUCCGUCGGUCAGCUCAACAACUACCAUGCGCCCUUUGACGUCCUCUUCCAUUUUGAAGGAUACGAGCUGCCUCGCGUCGUCGCCGACGUUUUCCCGGAUACGCUCAGCCCAGCCAUCCAGCAGAGGAUCGCGCGCGGCCUCUCGCCGGUUGCGACCGAGCAAGAGAAGGAGUACAAUGACCGAGGCUACGGAGCCGAGAACAAGGGUGUCAGCGUCGAUCUCUCCAUCAACCUCGCACCGCUGGCCACGCUCGACAAGCCCAUCAGGCUGUGCUACGGCAAAGAGUGGCAUCGCUUCCCCACCCACUUUCUCGUCCCUGCUGGCGUCGAGGUCGAGUGGAUCAAGAGCGAGUUUGACGGCAUCCUCCCCAAGCACUUUGACGUAGACGCUGCGUCCGCCGUCCAACCUGCCGACGCUGUCGCCGGCACCCUCGAUACCGCCCUCGGCUGGGCCUGGCCAUGGUCCUCCAUCACGCGCCGCCUCCAACCCGGAUUCAACGAGCUCAACCGGGAAGAGGUUGAUCGCUACGUCGAUGUCUCGACCUGCGACUAUCUCGUCGAUCUCGACCUUCCCCACCGAAGUCUGGCUUCCAACGGCCAACAGUCGCGCUACGAGCCUCGCUACGCCACCAUGGCCGACGAAUGGGAUCGCGUCUUCUGCGGUGCAUUCCUCGAUGCCGAGUUCAGCCGUCCUGUUGUAGAGCCACGCGACUCGCUGCUGAGCAAGGUUGGGAGGAAGGUCGGCGCUGCACUGCAUCGCGCCUUUUGGUUGCCCAAAUCGUGGCCGGGUAACACCAACGUGUACGGCGACUACUGUCUUCUUCGCAAUCGCGAUAGCAGAUUCAGCCCCGGUACAGCCAGAACUACAGCAUGA